AUGGCUUCAGCGCAGGCGUUCGUUACCAGCUAUCCCCCGCGAAUUCGACAAUACGCCAAUACGCUACUCCAACCAGUCCUACAAACACAGAAUGUUGGCCCCGGUGGUCGCACAACUAAACGAGGAACAACGAUAAUAAACUAUGCCGAUGACGCAUAUGACGAAGAUGACUUUGAAGACAGCGAGGGCCCGAGACGACCUACUGGUUUAAGAUCCCUGCGACGGGAGGAGCUCGAAAAGAAAGAGCCGCAACAUGAAAAGGUGGGCAAAGAAAUACAUGAACCUGUGGACUUGCAGCCGAUAUACAGAGACUGGGUCAUCAGAAAAACGGUGAGACCGACGACCGAUGCGCAAGCCCAUAUUCAGGCACAAUUGCCCCUUACUUUGAUACCCAUACGAAUAGACCUCGAUGUCCCACAGCAUCAACCGGAUGCACCUUAUCCAUUACCUCGAGGCGGUGUGGAGAUGGGCCUGAAUGCGACUCAGCCAAUGUUCAAGAGACCUGAAAUGGCCCCCGGUUACAAGAUCCGAGAUAUCUUCUUGUGGAAUCUUCACGAGAACCUGCUCACUCCGGACGACUUUGCUCUGAACUUUGUGCGAGAACUGGAUCUUCCGAAUCAGAAUGCACUUGCUAUGGCCAUCAGUCAACAAAUCCGCAAUCAACUGGAAGACUAUGCGGGAGUUGCCAUGCAUCCUCUCUUUCAUACUCAACCGAAACGGGCACAGAUGCCGGAGGUAAAUCAUGUCGCAACUCCAUCGGCGCUUGCCAAUGGAAGUUCUCGUGAUGGAACUCCGCGACCCCUGGUGGGGGCUUCGAUAUCUCGGCCGGCCUCGACGACACCUGGCACACCGGCCCCUUCUACACCUCGACCCAUUCAAUUGAGCAAUGGUGCCAGCCUGACUGCUGUCGCAUCACUAUUACCUCCAGAUCCUCAAGUUGAGCAGCCCGAAGAAGCUCCUGUCGACCCGUAUCUCAACCCUGACGACACAUAUCGAUGCAUCAUCACGUUAUCAAUUUACCUCUCUUCCAAACUCUAUCAAGAUAAAUUUGAAUGGUCGUUACUACAUCCACCUGGAGCCGCAGAAGCAUUUGCAAAGCAGACGUGCGCCGAUAUGGGCCUGAAUGGUGAAUGGGUUAUGGCAAUCACCCAUGCCAUUUAUGAAGCAGUGCUGAGAUUGAAGAAGGAAGCCUGUGAAGGCGGGAUGAUGAUGCUCGGCGGAGGCGCAUGGGGCGGUGGCGAAAUUGACAAUCAAGCCGUCCGAGCGGAAGAGGGUGCAGGCUGGAGAUACGACAUCGAUGAUUUCGGUGCGGAAUGGGAGCCGAAAUUCGAAGCUCUGAGUAAAGAAGAAAUCGAAAAGAGAGAAGGCGAUCGAGAACGACAGUUGAGAAGAUUACGGAGAGAAACAGCGAAAUUUAGUUCCACUGCGGGCAUGGUACCUUCCAUACGAGAGCAGGAGGCUCAACAACGUGGAAGCUACUUCGAUUAUACCGGGAUCGGAAAUGGCGAAGAUACGCCAUUGAUGGGACGGGGAGAGCGAAGUAAGAAGAAACGACGAUUCCGAUCUCUCAGUCCGGUGGCCAAAGCUCAAACUCCCGAAGGUGGUAGUUCUUCUGGUGCAGGAUGGGGAGGAGAGGGUAAUCGACUGAACGAAUAUGACAGACAGAAUUGGAGGUGUAGGCAUUGUCUGAUAUGGGGAAAUGCAGUAUGGGCUGCUCGAGAUGGACCACUUGGUCCAAGAACGUUGUGCAACAAUUGCGGCUUGAUCUAUGAACGAGACAAGAAACUUCCGGUGUGGUCUGAGGGUCUGCAUAGACAUACGGCGCCCAUCGGAAGGUGA